ACAGAGAGAAAGGGGAGAGAGUUGGAUAGCGAGAGAGAGAUAGAGAGACAGAGAGAGAGAAAGCGAGAGAGAAAGAGAGAGAGAAAGGGGAGAGAGUAGGAUAGUGAGAGAGACAGAGAGAGGGAGAGAGAGAGAGAGAGACACAGACCGACAGACAGAGAGAGAGACAGAGAGAGAGAAAGCGAGAGAGAAAGAGAGAGAGAAAGGGGAGAGAGUUGGAUAGCGAGAGAGACAGAGGGGAGAGAGAGACAGACAGACAGACAGACAGACAGACAGACAGACAGACAGACAGACAGACAGACAGACAGACAGACAGACAGACAGACAGAGAGAGAGAGAGAGAGAGAGAGAGAGAGAGAGAGAGAGAGAGAGAGAGAGAGCGAGAGGAAGAGACUUUUCUUCAAAAAUCAGUGAUGGAAACGUUGCUGUAUCUCACCCUGCUAAUCUCAGGAUUCUCCACACCUUCCUCAUGUCUUCAUCAGUAUCACCCCAUUACCAACUAUAUGAACUGGACGGAUGCCCAGAGUUACUGUAGAGCACAUUACACUGAUCUGGCUACAGUAGAUGACAUGGAGGACCAGAACAGGCUGAUUACCAGUGUCAGUAGUUAUAAUUUGUGGUUCUGGAUCGGACUGAAGAUGGGAGACUCAAUGAAGUGGCACUGGUCUCUGGCAGACAGACGUUUCUACAGAGAGGGGGAGACUGAGUUCAGAAACUGGGACACUGGGACGCCCCAAAAUGGUAACUGUGUUUUUAUGAGUACAGCUGGUCUGUGGAACAACGCCUCCUGUGAUGACCAGCAUCACUUCAUCUGUUAUGAUGGAAAACAAGACACCAACCUAACAUAUGUCUUAAUUCAGGAGAACAAGAACUGGAUAGAUGCUCAGAGAUACUGCAGACAGCAUCACACAGACCUGGUCAGUGUGAGGAACCAGACUGAGAACACAGAGAUAGAGAAGAAGAUAUCACUGAGGGGACUUCCUGUGUGGAUCGGUCUGUUUCUAGACUCCUGGAUAUGGUCAGACCAGAGUGACUCCUCAUUCAGAAACUGGUUGCCAGGAUGGCCUUCAACAGAUCAGGGAUACACCUGCACUCUGGUGUGUUCUGAUCCUUAUCAUUAUUAUUAUUAUAAUUAUGCUUCAUUGAUAAAUCAUCCCUGUGACGUCACCAAUCCUUUCAUCUGCUAUGGUCCAGCUGUGGAGACCCCUGAGAAACCUCAACUGAAGAGACAUGUGGUGAGAAUGAAGAUGACCCCAAAGGAUCAAAAUCUGAACUUCAGUGAUCCUGCUGUUCAGGAUUCCAUCUUACAAGAUAUAAGGAACAAGCUGAAGGAGCAGGGGUUACCUGCAGACAUCAAAGUGACAUGGAAAAAGCAGCCUGAUGGGAAGGUCUUCCACAAGGAGGAAGAGGGGUCUCCCAAGAAAGAAGAGGAGGAGAAGAAGAUGAAGAGGAUGAUGACAAAGAGAGGAUCCCUGCUGCUCAUGGCCACGCUGCUUGGUCCUUUGGUGGUGGGUAGUUCUGUCAAGGGCAUCAUAAGAAGAUUCUACACACCUUCCUCAUGUCUUCAGCAGUAUCACCCCAUUACCAACAAUACAAACUGGACUGAUGCCCAGAGUUACUGCAGAGCACAUUACACUGAUCUGGCUACAGUAGAUGACAUGGAGGACCUGAACAGGCUGAUUACCAGUGUCAGUAGUUAUAACUUGUGGUUCUGGAUCGGACUGAAGAUGGGAGACUCAAUGAAGUGGCACUGGUCUCUCUACAGAGAGGGGGAGACUGAGUUCAGAAACUGGGACACUGGGACGCCCCAAAAUGGUAACUGUGUUUUAAUGAGUCCAGCUGGUCUGUGGAACGACGCCUCCUGUGAUGACCAGCAUCACUUCAUCUGUUAUGAUGGAAAACAAGACACCAACCUAACAUACGUCUUAAUUCAGGAGAACAAGAACUGGAUAGAUGCUCAGAGAUACUGCAGACAGUAUCACACAGACCUGGUCAGUGUGAGGAACCAGACUGAGAACACAGAGAUGGAGAAGAAGAUAUCACUGAGGGGACUUCCUGUGUGGAUCGGUCUGUUUCUAGACUCCUGGAGAUGGUCAGACCAGAGUGACUCCUCAUUCAGAAACUGGUUUCCAGGAUGGCCUUCACCAGAUAUACACAACUGCACUCUGGUGUCUUCUGAUCCUUCUUCUGAUUAUUAUUAUAAAUGGAUAAAUGUGCCCUGUGUCCUCAACUAUCCUUUCAUCUGCUAUGACUCAGCUGUGGAGACCCCUGAGAAACCUCAACUGAAGAGACAUGUGGUGAGAAUGAAGAUGACCCCAAAGGAUCAAAAUCUGAACAUCAGUGAUCCUGCUGUUCAGGACACCAUCUUACAAGAUAUAAGGAACAAGCUGAAUGAGCAGGGGUUACCUGCAGACACCAAAGUGACAUGGAAAAAGCAGCCUGAUGGGAAGGUCUUCCACAAGGAGGAAGAGGGGUCUCCCAAGAAAGAAGAGGAGGAGAAGAAGAUGAAGAGGAUGAUGACAAAGAGAGAACUCUAA